GAGUUAUAAUUUAAGGUUAAAUAAAUAGGAAAAGCGAAGAAACGAUUAAAAAAAAGAAGAAAACCCAGCCACACCACAAUUUCUUAUUCAAAGGACUAAAAUUCUUUUUUUGCAGAUUGCAGUGCAUAUCUACCUGAGAUUUAAGUAUUAUUUAAUUGUUAAUUGAUCGCUUGACCAAUCGCUAUGGAACAGAAAGAUAUUUUGUUGAAUGUGGCCAAAGUGGUCAGGGCCUUGAUCACGUCCGCGAAGCCGCCGGUAGAACUGCGUUCCAUAGUAAAGGAUUACCAGGAUGUGGAGGGGGAAGAGAUGCCCUUUCGCAGAUUGGGAUACCCGAACCCUCAAGAGUUGCUAGAAGCAACGGAUGAGUUCAUCUUUAACAAGCACGCCAAUAAGGUAUUCAUCACUGCUAAAUAUAACGCUAAAUCAGAACAUAUUGCGCGUUUGGUGCGAUCGCAAAAAAAAGGCAAGGCCACGCGUGUUGCAAAGCCACAACUGUCAACAACUGUCCGGAGAGCGUACAAUCAGAUACCCAUCAAACCUUUCAAUUCGCAGAGCAAUCUUAAAUACAAAUCGGAAAGUUAUCAACCUAUGCAAAAGGAGGUGCAGGAAAAGUCUUAUGAAACGUAUCACUACCAGCAGAACCAGUUAUAUAAUCAAGUUCAUUACCAGAACCUUCAACAGCAGCAGUACCAUCACCAGUACCAUCAACAGCACCAGCAGUCGUAUCAAUCAGUCAAUAACCAGAGCAAUAAAUUUCAUUUCUGUCAACGGCAGGACCGUUGGGAACACCACCAGACCCUCCAGCUUCAGCCGGAGGAGCAGAAAAAACAGGCCGAACAGAAAAACGCUAGGAAAGAGAACGAACUCAGGGAAUCCGCUGAACGUAAAAAGAAGGCCCAGCUAGAGCAGGAGCUGAAGGAAUCUGCUGAUAAGGAAAGGCAGGAAAAGAUCAAGCGAGAUCAAGAGCUGAAGGAAUACAUUGGGAAUGAACUGACAGUUAGGUUUAAAAAGGAGCAGGCUAGGUUCGAAGAAAAGCUUCAGUUGCGGCUUAAAGAGGAAUUGAAAGCGUUUAGGAAGCUGCAGGAGUACGAGCGUAAAAACCGCGAGGAAAAUUUAAAGAAGGAAUUCCAAAGGCAGGAGCAGGAGAGGGAUAAGGAAGAAAAACGCAAGAUACAGGAGAGCCAAGAGAAAGAGAGGAGGGAGAGCGCCAAACGGCAGGUAUUCCAGGAACGCGCUCAGAAAGAUACCAUGCGAGCUGCAAAGUUGGAUCAGGAGAAGAUCGUAGUAACGAUACCAAACGAUAAAGCGCCCGCCAUGAAUGGUCACUCCCAAAACCAUGUAAAGUCCAAUGGGCAAGGAAAAUACAAUGACGGCAAACCUCCGUUGCGUGCGAUCCUUGGUAAUAGUGCUUCGCAGCGCAAGCCAGAUACAACAACCAGCAACUACGUUUUUAAUAAGGCCGAACCGAGCUUCAAAAGGCCGAUCCAUCCGCGAGUACAACAUCCUGGACAGAUGCGCUCCACUGGCUUUUCUGUCAAUCACAGACUGAAAGUAACACCGCAACCGGAUGCUCUUACGCCAACGGCUACCCCCAUCACUCCGCCGGCUUCGCCAGAGAACGCUCAAACGAAAUCCUCUGCCACUGCUGCCACGCCCAAGGAUGAUGUUCUAAAAGUGAACGGAGUCCAGCCUCAGGCAGUCAAAGUCAAUUCCACGCCAAAAGCUAAAGUUCCCAUUAAACUCGAUGCUUCCUUCGAUGCAGUUUCAUCUUUAAACCGCUAUUGCGAGGAAAAUAACUUCGAGAAACCUGCAUAUAACAUAUUCCAGAAGCCACCUCACCUUCACUGUUCUGUGCGGAUUGCUGGUGAUGUUUACAGUAGCUACCCGGAGGAGUUCACUGAUAAGGAAACUGCCUACCAGCGCACAGCCCAGAUAGCCGUUCAACGUAUCCAACACGCAGAAUCGCACCAAAAGCUCUCCUCUUGCACACUUAGCGACGCAGACUUUAUCGACGGAUUGUACAAUGAGCUAUUGAAGUUCCCGCAUGGCAUAUUGGGCCACAAGCUGGAGGACUGGUACAGUAGCACCUUCCGGCAACAUCUGCCCAGCCAUUGGUAUGAUCUAAUUAUAGAGUCAAACAAAAUUCGCGUGGAACACGGCAUUGACCCAAGGAUUAUACUGUUUGCUAACGAUCCUGGAUCCCCGGAACUAAUUCCGAUCACCUCGACCAGUAAUUUGUCGCAGUGUGUGCUGCCUUGGCAGCUGAAGGAAGGCGCGCCGCACGACUGGAAUAUGUUUAUCAGCCACUGCGAAUCCACCAAGCUUGUGUGGGCACGGAUGAUCGAUCAGAUAGCUAAAUUUGAUGAACUGACGAAGUACAUGGGUCGACAAAUGGCGGCCCCGCAAUUCCGUCAGAAAGUUGCCAAGCCUUUGGUUCAGGAAAUAUAUCUAGUGGAGAUUCCUGAUGGCUGGAACCGUGUUCGCGUGAUAUCCGUAAAUGACGAACAGCGUUCGUGCCGCUGUCAUUUUGUGGACUUUGGUGAUAUGGCUCUGUUUGAGAUCGGAGAACUGUUUCAGUGUCCGCCGCAAUUCCUAACGCUCCCGGCACAGGCCGUCUGCUUGAGCAUGUAUGCGUUGGACAAGUUUGAGGACCAUCCGCACGCCCAGCAAGUUUUGACAAAAGAACUAGAUGGCCAGACGGUUGUGGCCCAUGUGCUCACCACAGAGAAGCAGUUCCUGGAACUGGGUGGAGCUGCACAGGGAGUGGUGGAAAAUGGUAAACGUCGGCCUUGUUUGGUGGCCACGCUGUACGACACUUCCACGCCCGAGGACAUUCAUUUGAACGAUCUAGUUGCCAGCAGGAUCAUCAAAUAUACACCGGUGCCUACGCUUUGUGAUGAGAAAAAAAUCGGCAAGACUACUCCGAUUCUUGUAUCUCAUAUCAACGAAGAUGGCGAUUUGAUGGUGUUGAUGCGGAACGAUGAUCUUAAGUUCGUGGAACGCAGUAUUGUCCAAACUGUGGCUGACCUGGGGGAGCAGGACCGAGUAAGGUAUUCAGAUCUGCUUCAUGAUCGCCAUGUGUUUGUGUGUGAUGAGUCUGUCGAGGGACUAAAGCAGUGGUUCCGGGGACGACUGGUUGCCAGACCCGAAAAUCCAGAGGAGGAGACCUUCGACGUCUACUAUGUGGAUGACGGUCGCCAGCGUAAAACGCACAUCUCUAACAUUUACCGCCUGGAGGCCAACAAUAGAGCGCUGGCCUCGUUCCCACCACAGGCGCUGGCCGUUCGCCUGCACGACGUUCCCGAGAUCGCUGGUCAUAUGUUGGGUCGUCUUCGUGGACUGAUGCCUUCGCGCACCGAGGCUCUGCUCAAGGUUGUGGCAAUGGACUCUUCGAAGCCCUUAGUCAACAUCUUCGUCCGCGAGGAUCCGGAGUCAAUGUACAUGUGCGUGAAUAUCGGUCUACGCCUCGAGUUCGAGAUGGCAAGCUCUAAUCGUCCGGAGAAGUGCGAUUAUAUGCUCCUGGGCUCCAGUGGCCAGCUUCCUCGGAAUGGCAGCUUCAGCUCUGUGGUCUCAAGCCAGAGCAGCAGCAGCGAACUUGUCGCUCUUACUCCACCAGUGACGCCACAAAAGGGGUUAUCCACCAGAGUGGGAGCCAGCACCUUCUCGUCUCUCAUGCUCAAAGAUUAUGAGGCCAUUCCAGCCAUAGGCGCCUAUUUUGAGGUGCGCGUUGCCCUCUCCGUCAAUCCCGGUCACUUUGCUGUCCAACCCUAUAAGUGCUACAACCAGCUGCAGACUUUGAUGAAGAAUCUACAAGAGCAUUGUAAAGGACCUGCAGCCAAGGGAGUACAGCCCUCGCAAUUGGCCAUUGGAGAGGCAUUUGCAGCACCUGACAGCGACGGCGUCUAUCAUCGCGUAAGUAUUCGUAAGAUUUACGAUGAGAUUAUACACGUCCGUUUCGUCGAUCUGGGUGACGACGGAGUAGUUGCCUGUGAUCAACUGAAAACUCUGCAGCCGGAUUUAAGGAAGCUGCCUAAAAUGGCACUGCCAGCCCAAUUAUAUGGCAUUCAACUAGCAGACGUAGUCUGGAGCAAAGAAAACUGUGUGCGAUUCCGUGAAUUGACGCUGGGUCAAAAGUUUAUCGGAAUUGUGCGGAGCAUGCACAAGCAAAAGGAUGAGAGGCGUGUGCUGGGCCUGGAGCUGGUGGAUACCUCAACACCGAAGGAUAUUAAGCUGCACGAGAUUCUCAUCAACGAGAAGCACGCACAGCCAGAAACGAAGGAAGUCUGAGUUGGAGGAGACGAAACAUUUGAAUUUGUUCACGUUUAUGUUUGCUUAAUAAUAGUCUUAGGAUUAGGGACAUGUAACUUAUUAUGACGACACAUUCCGCCAGAAGGAUGCGAUUAUAGCCAAUAAACCAUCUUUUUUCUAUCGAGAAAA